AAAAAAAAACAGAAACUGUCUUGUCUUAGACAACGCCCGACCUUAAAAGUCGCACAUAUUAAAAUAUAUAACUUCCAAAAUUGACGGCAACGCUUAAAAUCUUUUACACCUUUCCAUUUGAUCUUAGACUUCAUUAGACCCCUUCUUUCUUUUUUCUAUCUUCCCAUUUUCUCACCCAACAACAUCUUCUUCAUCAUCAUCAAAACAAGAAUCAAGAAACAAAAUGCCUGCACCUACAGAGAACAAUCCAGGAUCAUUUUUGGGUCGAAUAAGCAUUCGAAGAAACCAAGUUAUGUCAAUGGAUGGUAACCAUGAUCAAGAAUUAGAAGACCUUGAACUUUUUCAAAAACAUGUUGGGGAUCGAUUCUCCGAGCUAUUUUCUUCCACCACGGAAGACCCAUCAAGCGAUGCUCUUCUCUCCAUUGGUUGGCUUCGAAAGCUUUUAGAUGAGCUUCUUUGUUGUGAAGCUGAAUUCAAAGCUGUUGUUAUGAUGGGUCGUGACCCUUCACAGAUUUCAAAACCGCCUCUCGAUAAACUCCUCCCAGAGCUUCUUGACCGCGUCAUUAAAUCCUUGGAUGUUUGUAAUGCUGUCACCCUCGGACUUGACGCGGUCAAGAAUCUCCAGAGGCUCGCUGAGAUAGCUGUCUCUGCUCUUGAAACUAGACCCAUGGGUGAUGGACAAGUUCGAAGGGCAAAAAAGGCGUUGAAUUUGCUUGUCACCACAAUGAUACACGAGGAUAAAGAUUGUGGAAGCACUAAAGGAACCGAGAGAAGCAGGUCCUUUGGAAGAAAAGGAUUCAAUGGCGGAAAUAAGGACCGUGGUGGUGGAAGCUUAAGAGCAUUGUCAUGGACAAUGGCAAGAAAUUGGUCUGCAUCAAAACAAAUUCAUGCCAUGUCAUCAAAUUUAACAGCGCCACGUGGUGCUGAAGCAACAGGUUUGGCUUCACCCCUUUAUAUAAUGAGCACUAUAUUAGUUUUUGUAAUGUGGACUCUAGCUGCGGCGAUUCCAUGUCAAGAGAGGAAUGGGUUGAGUACUCAUUUACCUUUUCAGAGGCAACUGGCCUGGGCCCAACCCAUGAUUGGUUUACAUGAGAAGAUUGCAGAGGAGUGGAAAAAGAAAGAGAAGAAAGGGACAGUUGGAUUGUUGGAAGAGAUGCAAAAGAUGGAAAAGUUGGGACAAUCGUUGACUGAAUUUGCUGACUCUUUUCAAUUUCCUGGUGAUAAUGAGCGUUUGGAUGAGGUCAAGGUACAGGUUGAGGAAUUAGCUGACAUUUGUAGGAAGAUGGAGGAAGGCUUGGAACCUUUGCAGCUUCAAAUUAGAGAGGUUUUUCACAGGCUUGUUAGGACCAGAACUGAGUUUCUUCAUGUUUUGGACCAAGCUGGGAAAUUAUCUACACCAACUAUGUAAACUUUCAUUUUCUUUUUUCUUUUUCUACCAAUUAGAUCUUCAAAAUGAAACUUUCUUUUUCCACUCUUAUAUGUAUUUUGGAAGUAUACUUCUAAAAAAUAUUUUUUAUGUGUACUUCCGAAUACAUGUGUGAUUUUUAGAAGUUUAGAAGGAAAAAAGAAAUUUUCUAAUUUUAUUUUCUUUCCUUGAUGUAUAGUGAGCCUGAAGACUUAAUCUUCAUUUGUUUUAUGGGUUGUCUUCAUGAUUAAUAGAUAUGUAUGUAUGUAUGUAUACAUCUACAUGACUAUAGAUUUUAAUUUGUUUUAUUUGCCUUUGAGGUGAAACAGAAUGACUAAACUGCACUCACUAAACUUGUGGGGACUUGUCCAUGUUGUUUAAUUUAAUUUAAUAUACAUGAAAUGCAUGAA